CACGAAGAAAACAGGGGAGAUGACGACUGAGGCCGCAAAGGAAAUCGCUGAGAAGAUUGAUUCCUUUGAGGAGAAGGCCACACAGGGAUCCUUCAUCCCCCAUGGACGUCAGGAUGUUCUCGCCGCUGCUAUUGGAUGUCCAGAUCACCCUGAACGUGUCCGUGCUGCUGGAGCCAGUGUCACCAUCAGGCAACGGCUCCACGGACGUCCCGCAGUGCUUCCUCCCUGCCUCCUGACGAAUUGCAGCAGCUCACCCAGCAAAUCAGGGACCAGCUAGAGGAGUUCAUCACAGAGAAAGUGACGAGACAGGUUAUGGCAUCCUUCAGCCACAUGCAGUCCCAGCUUCAGUCGCAAAUGCAAUCUCAGGGACUUGCAGUGCCUCCUGACCCUCUGGUUGGUCCCUCCGGUCCUCGAGUGAGCACACAGGGGAGUUGUGUUGAUCCCUCAGGAAACGAUCCUGAGACGGGUGACUCUGACAGGUGCGGCUUGUACAUAGAAGCAGAUCCUGCUCGCCUGGUUGCCAUGGGGAGAGUUUAUGAGGGAUCCAUUGUUGUUCAUAACAUUCCUUUGUUUCCUGGCCAAGUAAAGGUGAGUGUGGAGGAGGUUACAGAUGCAGAUGCUCCAGUUCUUGUACCCACUGAUGAGGUUUCCUUAGUGGGGUAGGCAGUUCACACCUUCCUUGCUUG